UCCAAGUGCAGCCGAUCGGCGCAAGAUGGGAUCCGGCUCCUCCAGCUACCGGCCCAAGGCCAUCUACUUGGACAUCGAUGGGCGCAUUCAGAAGGUGGUCUUUAGCAAGUACUGCAACUCCAGUGACAUCAUGGACUUGUUCUGCAUCGCCACCGGCCUGCCCCGGAACACGACCAUCUCCCUGCUGACCGCGGAUGACGCCAUGGUGUCCAUCGACCCCACCAUGCCCGCCAAUUCAGAACGCACUCCCUACAAAGUGAGACCUGUGGCCGUCAAGCAAUUGUCUGAGAAAGAAGAAUUAAUCCAGAGCGUGCUGACCCAGGUGGCAGAGCAGUUCUCAAGAGCAUUUAAAAUCAACGAACUGAAAGCUGAAGUCGCGAAUCACCUGGCCGUGCUAGAGAAGCGAGUCGAAUUGGAAGGCCUGAAAGUGGUGGAGAUCGAGAAAUGCAAGAGUGACAUCAAGAAGAUGCGGGAAGAGCUGGUGGCCAGAAGCAGCAGGACCAGCUGUCCCUGUAAGUACAGUUUUGUGGAUAACAGCAAGAAACUGACACCUCGGCGUGAUGUCCCCACGUAUCCCAAGGCCCAGUACUUUUUCUCUUCACCGUGUGUUAGCCGUGAUGCUGGCACUGGGGGCCCCUCACUCACCUCGUUGGGCUCCCAGAGCCAGACGUCAAAGAUGCUGAGCUGCUUAGAGCACAUGUACCAUGACCUGGGCCUGGUCAGAGAUUUCUCCAUCAACCCCAUCACACUCAGGAGAUGGCUGCUCCGCGUGCACGACAACUACAGGAACAACCCUUUCCACAACUUCCGGCACUGCUUCUGCGUGACCCAGAUGAUGUACAGCAUGAUCUGGGUCUGCAGGCUCCAGGAGAAAUUUUCCCAAAUGGAUAUCUUGAUUCUAAUGACAGCAGCCAUCUGCCAUGAUUUGGAUCAUCCGGGGUACAACAACACGUACCAGAUCAACGCCCGCACGGAGCUGGCCGUCCGGUACAACGACAUCUCGCCCCUGGAGAACCACCACUGCGCCGUGGCCUUUCAGAUUCUCGCCCAGCCCGAGUGCAACAUCUUUGCCAAUGUGCAGCUGGACGAGUUCAAGCAGAUCAGACAGGGGAUGAUCACAUUAAUUUUAGCCACUGACAUGGCAAGACAUGCAGAAAUUAUGGAUUCUUUCAAAGAAACAAUGGAGAAUUUUGACUACAGCAAUGAGGAGCACAUGACCCUUCUGAAGAUGAUUUUGAUAAAAUGCUGUGACAUCUCUAACGAGGUCCGUCCAAUGGAAGUUGCAGAACCUUGGGUGGACUGCCUAUUAGAAGAGUAUUUCAUGCAGAGCGACCGCGAGAAGUCCGAGGGCCUUCCUGUGGCCCCUUUCAUGGACCGGGACAAAGUGACCAAAGCCACAGCCCAAAUUGGGUUCAUCAAGUUUGUCUUGAUCCCGAUGUUCGAAACGGUGACCAAGCUCUUCCCUGUGGUGGAGGAAAUCAUGCUCCAGCCCCUCUGGGAAUCCAGAGAUCGUUACGAGGAACUGAAGCAAAUGGAUGACGCCCUGAGAGAGGUAACAGGUAAGACGGAGAGCCUGACAUCCGGGCACACGGACCCGCAGAGAGAGGGAAGCAGAGAUGUGAGGAAAAGUGAAGAUAACGCCAUCCUGAAUUGACGUCUCUACGCAUAUGACGGAGCCUGAAGAC